UAAAAUGUUACAAAAUAUGUUUGCAUCCAAGGCACUAACACAUUAUUAUAACCAGAAAAAAUUAAAAUAAUAAUAAUAAUAAUAAAUGAAAAGAAGAAACCGCCAGAGAAGUUGCAGUAACCGUCAGUUGGGUACAUAAGGCAAUGUGGUUCCAUUUGAAAAGGUUUUGGUUGGUUGAAUUGAGGUAUGAAGAGGGAGUCUGAUUGUGGCGAAGCGGGUUCUUCUUCUUGGUGUGUGGGAAAGAAGCAGAAGCAGAAGCGGUUAAUGGAGGAUGCAGGAGGGUGGAAGGGGAAGAUAUCAUCAUCAUCGUCAUCGUCGGAGCCACGUCCCUGUACCGAGUGCGGCAAGAAGUUCUGGUCGUGGAAGGCACUCUUCGGCCACAUGAGAUGCCACCCGGAGCGUCACUGGAGAGGGAUCAAUCCUCCGCCAAAUGUGAUCAGGAGACAACAACAAAUGACCCAGGAAGACCACGAGGUCGCUGCCUGUUUGCUCCUGCUUGCCAACGCCAAAGACAAAGACAAAGACAAAGAGGAAGAUGUUCAUUUCGAGUGCUCCAGUUGCAACAAGGUGUUUGGGUCCCACCAGGCUCUUGGAGGACACCGUGCCAGUCACAAGAACGUAAAGGGCUGUUUUGCCAAUAAUGCUGCCAUAGGAACGUCGUCUAGUACUAGUGAUCAGGAGAACAUGAUGAUUCUUCAUGGUCACAAGUGCAGCAUUUGCCUCAGGGUUUUCUCUACUGGUCAGGCACUUGGUGGCCACAAGAGGUGUCACUGGGACAAAGGGGACAACCUCGGUCUCCUUGCAGACUCGUCAUCCAAGUCUCUCUCUCUCGUCGACUUGAAUUUCCCUCCCCCUUCCUUCUCCUCCCCCCUCGCUCUCGAUUUGAGGUUGGGACUCUAGACUAGACUAUAUAUAUACUCUAUUCAUUAUUGCUAUUCAUCAACUUUCAAUGUUAUCCUCUCCUCUCUACACCUACAUUUCCAAUUUAUGUACUAUGCAAUAACUGCAUCUAUUUCACCAAUCAAUUAAUUAAUUUAUA